AUGAAUGCCCUGGCCAAUGAGGCCUCGGCUGCCACCAAGGGCACCCUUUCAAAGCGACGAUGCAGGAUUUUGGGCUGGGCAUUGCCCCCACUGCUGUUCGCAAGCAUUCUACUGUUCUCGCUGCGGGACGCUCGUUCUGAUGCCUCUGAACCGGUUCCAAUCCACGGCAGGGAUAAUCGUGUUGUGCCCCUGCUUUCAACGGCCGUGCCAGCUUCCACUCCACACCACCCUGACGUUGCCCUGGUCCUUGCCACCUCCCUGGGCGGCAACUACUCUACAGCUCGCCGUCAGGAAGUUACGCGGGUCCUCGCUGCCAACUUGGCUCUGCCCUAUCUUCAACGCCUCAUCGUGCUUGCUGAGCACGGCGCGCGCUCAGCGUUUCCUAUUCUGAAUCAAAAACAUGGCAAGCUACGCGUGGUUCAGCUCAAGACACAGCCAACUUACACGGACCUUUUUAAUGCUGCCAGCACCGGCGCAACGCAGCCCAACCAGCUGAUUGCAGUUGCCAACACGGAUAUCGAAUUUGGACCAACCACGCUGGCCUGCAUAGGCCCUUCUCGAUUCCAGGAUCAAGCCCUGAUUUACGCCCUCACCCGCCACCCACACCCCGACUGCCCAAGCAGAUCAGGCGGUGGAGCGCAUCCCAGCUUACCCCAAAAUCUGUGCACUCAGCAACGCCAGCGAGACAAUGCAUGGAUCAAUUCGGCCGAUACAUUCAUCACGUCAGCUCCUGUGCCUUCAGCCGUGCUGACCGAAAUUGGCCACGUGCAAAACCGCCUUGGGGCCGAGAAUCGCCUCCUCUACUUUUUUGCGCGAGCCGGCUACACCGUGGAGAACCCGUGUGUGGACAUGCCAACUUUUCACCGUCACUGCACAGGUGAACGAGCACCCACCGCCCAGCGCGGCGCCCAGCGCGUAGAUGCACGCACGCCCUUUAAACUCGGACGCCAUUCUCUCCCCACCUGUAACAUGUCCCACACUAUCGCUCCUGUCAAGUAG